AUGGACGGUAUCCUCGGUGAAGAAGCCCCACAGCCCGACAAGCCAAAGAAAGUUCGUAUCAAGAAAGCGAGGAGACCCGAUCCAAUCGUCUCAAACUAUAAGAAGAAGCCAAGCGAAUUCUUCCUGUUCCUCGUCAAUGAGCUCCGCUACGAGAAGUUCGCAAACGACGUUCAAGCUCUGAAUCCUGACUUUGUCAAACGCGGCUAUAUGGAAUCCAUCUGUAAGUACAAGACUCUCCGAAUCCACCAUAGUGAAUGGAAUGACCGGUCGUCAACACACUUGGACAAGAAGAAGGUCUUGCGUUACGCCAAUUCUCAGACCAGUGGAUAUGAUGGCUUCGAUCCAAAGGAAUAUUGGGAGUUGCAGAGGCUGGUGAAUGGCUUAGAUGGUAUGACUGUGGCUGGUAAGGAGCCGAAGGUCCAGAAGAACCUGCAUUUCAAAGCGAUGCAAGAGGCACGUCUGCGGAAGAAGGUAGAGCGCCGACUUAUGGCUAAGACUGUCGAGCAGAAGACGCCGAAGGAAGAGUACCAUGCUAUGGGUUCUCUGAGGCUGUUUGGAUCUACUGGUAAUGCUCUUGCGAUUUGA